AUGGCUGACCUGUUAGAACGCAUGGUUGACCAACAGGGUCAGGACCAUGGGAAUAGUACAGGAAACCCUGGACAUAAUUCAGGCAAUCAUGAGGGAGUGGACCGUGCCCUAGAAUGGUUCCAAAAAUUUGCACCACCAAAAUUUAUAGGUGGACCUAAUCCUGACUUAACAGAAGGUUGGAUGGAUCGUAUGAUGGAUAUAUUUGCCGCACUCAGGUAUACGGAGGAACGGCAGAUAUCUUUUGCUGUUUUUCAGUUUGAGGGGGCUGCUCGAGCUUGGUGGAAUGUGAUUAAAGCCAAGUGGGAGCGGGAACAGACCCCCUGGACAUGGGUUAACUUUACACGGAAAUUUAAUGAGAAAUAUUUGCCGUCCAUCGUACAAGAAAAAUGGGAAGAUGACUUUAUCCGCCUGCGCCAAGGGGCAUCUAGUGUGGCGGAGUACGAAACUCAGUUUACAAAACUGUCUCGCUUUACUCCAGACUUGGUGCUAACGGAGCAAAAGCAAAUUCGUCGCUUCGUUCAAGGCUUAAAUGUGGAAAUCCAGGAAGCACUAGCGGCCGCACAGCUAGACACAUUUAGCCAGGCGCUAGAGAAGGCACAAAGAUUUGAAGCGGCUAGGGGACAAGUAAAAGUCUUCCAUGACCGGAAAAGAAAGCAGCCUAACUCAGGCAAUCUUGCGGCCUGA